AUGAUGAGGAAGAUGACCUCAAAACCAGGGGUGGUUGGUGCCAUAGGAUCUCCCAAGCCCAAGCAAAUUGGAGGUCGAAGGGGUGGUGCAACAAGAGGCAAUGCAGGCCACGCCAAGAGGCACAAUGAGGGUGGCAUCCAUGGCACUGGCAAAGCUGUGAGAGGUGUAGUGGGAGGCACCCAUGAUGUUGGCAAUGCCGUUAGAGGUGAGGAAAAAGACGUCUAUGACACUGGUGGCCAUACCGUUAGAAGUCAGGAGGGCGCCCAUAGCAUGGGGAAUGAAAUAGAUGACACCAUCAUGGGUUAUAGUGGAAACGAGGCAAGCGACGCCAUCAUGGGCUGGAGUGGAAACCUAGUCGACCCCUUAGUCAUGGGUGUUAGCACCAACAUAAGAAAGAGGGGUGACACCAGCUGGAUGUCGGGCGAUGCCAACUGCGAGUUGGAUGAUGCCAGCUGCAUGUUGGGCAGUGCUAGGGGUGUGCUGAGUCGCGCCAACUAUGUGCCAGGUGGUCUCUGCACUACCAAUGGGGCAUUGGGCAAUGGUCCUUGCUGCAAGCUGGGUGCUGGAAGAGGAGGUCCAAACGAGGGGAAAAUAGACUUAGGCACUGAGACCCCGCUAAGUGAAGAGCCUAGAGCUAAUGGACGAGGCUAUAGAAAGAAACCAAGUAUCGCCUUUUGA